GAUAGAUGGAUGGAUUCUUGACGUCACCAGCGAGUAGGUUGGGUCAACGUAUUUUCGACUGCAGCAAAAUAAAAAGGAUGCGAGUAUAGGUUGAAACCACCAACUAUUCAGCAGUGGCCGAAGCGACACGGACUAAAGAAAGUGAAGCAGGUCCUUCUCAAUAAACAUUAUGUUGGUGAACAGAAGGAAAGCUGCCCCCGUGCGUACGAACGUAACCGGGACGUCCGAUUCCAAAACCAUCCAUCCGAUAAGAUGUCUCGGUCAGAUCAUCUCAUUGGCAGAAGCCACGUACUCUGAAACUGCUUGAAGAUGGUGUCACAAUUUGGUGCCAGUCCCACAAAACUUUCAGUAAAGCCAAGAAGCAGCAAUCCUGGAUGUGGGAGGACACCGGCGUUCCCGGAGAAAUUCAAACUCCAGGAUUUGAACCCCAGUCAUCAGAACUUCUCCAUCACAGAGGUAGAAUGCGUAUGUGAGGGCUGUCAUUCGAAGAAACUGAGGCAGAUGGUUGGUGCAGUUCCUGAAGGACGGUGUUUGACAGUGGUCUUUAAAGGUCCCCGAAAGAAUCUGGAUCUUCUCUGCCAAAACAAUGAGGAGGCUUUUCAUUGGACCCGUGGCAUCAGGACACUGCAGGAUAGGAUUGGGAACAUGACCCACAAGGAGAAACUUGAUCACUGGAUUCAUGCUUACCUGACUCGGGGUGAUAAGAAUUGUGAUGAUAAGAUGAGUUAUAAUGAAGUGCAGACAUUGCUCCAAAUGAUCAAUAUUGACUUGAGUGACCAAUAUGCUCGCAAACUUUUCCAGAAAUGUGACCACUCCGCCGAUGGUCGAUUGGACCAUGCGGAAAUUGAAGUUUUUUGCAGAGAGUUGCUACGGAGACCUGAGCUCGAUGCUAUUUUUUUCAUAUAUUCCACCAACGAAUGUUUCCUCUCAACUGCAGACCUGAGGGAUUUCCUGAACGAUCAGGGGGAAGAUUCUUCAUUCACACAUGCCCAAAGCCUGAUACUCACCUAUGAACUUAAUGAAUGGGCUCAGAGGAACCAUUUGAUGACACCCAAUGGUUUCACCAUGUAUAUGCUGUCCAAAGAGAAUUCUCUGUUCAACCCGAACCAUGUUUGGGUUUAUCAAAACAUGAAACAACCACUAGCACACUACUUCAUCUCUUCUUCCCACAACACAUUCUUAACUAAGGACCAGCUGACAGGGGAGAGUGGUGUCGAACCAUAUAUCCGAGCCCUGAAUCAUGGUUGUCGCUGUGUGGAGUUGGACUGUUGGGAUGGAGAUAAAGGACAGCCAGUCAUCUACCAUGGCUACACACUAACCUCCAAAGUGCCUUUUGUCGACGUCAUAGAUACAAUCAAUAAGUAUGCAUUUAAGGCAUCACCUUACCCUCUCAUCCUUUCCUUGGAGAACCACUGCUCUCUGGAACAGCAGACUGUGAUGGCUCAACACCUGCAGUCCAUCCUUGGGGACAAACUGCUCACCAAGGCCAUUCCUGGCCUCGAUUCCAACAUCCUGCCUUCACCAGAGCCAAAAUGCAGGCUCGUUGCAUUGCUGGAUAUUGCUCGAACACUCGGGAGGAUGGAUUUACCCUUAAGUUUCCAAGAGACCCGGUUCGUCAUGAAAAAUGGAUUGCACGGAUGUAAAGGACGAGAGCUUCGUGGGUUCCAAAUGACAGUAGAUGGGCGGAUGAGGCGCCGGCCAAGUCGUGCCUCGUGGACGACCACCAAAAGGCUCACCAGGGAGGCGUCCGGGAGGAAUCCGGAUCAGAUGUCCCAGCCACCUCAUCUUCUUCCUCUCAAUGCGGAGGAGUACUCACUGAGCCCCUCCUGGAUGACCGAGGUUCUCACCCUAUCUCUAAGGGAGAGCACGGACACCCUGCGGAGUAAAGUCAUUUUGGCCACUUGUAUCCAGGAUCUUGUACUUUCGAAUCUUAAGGGUAAAAUCUUGGUGAAAGGGAAGAGAGAGAACACAAUGGAGGAAUGCAUGUCAAGUCUGUCAGACCUCAGCUCAUCAGAUGAGCCAGCUGUGUCUAAGAUGUGUCCAGAGCUGUCAGAAUUGAUUGUGUACACCCGCAGUGUACACUUUGAAAGCUUUCAACACGCUUCCAAAGCUCCGCCAACCCACAUGUCUUCAUUUACGGAAAGUGAAGCACUCAGACACGUGAAAGACUCAGGCAUGUACUUUGUGCGUCACAAUAGCCAGCAUCUUAGCAGGAUCUACCCUUCUGGACAACGGCUACAGUCUUCCAACUAUAACCCUCAGGAAAUGUGGAAUGGAGGUUGCCAACUUGUGGCUCUAAAUUUCCAAACUCCUGGGGAAGAGAUGGAUCUAAAUCGAGGCAAGUUCUUGCAGAAUGGUCAGUGUGGCUACAUUCUGAAGCCAUCUUUCAUGUGCCAGCCAUGCACCACCUUUAAUCCCGAGAAUGUUGGUGGAGGCCCUGGCCAUGCAUCUGUUCUGCUCACUGUUAGGGUUAUUUCUGCGCAGCAGCUACCAAAGCCAGAAAGGAGCAAGCCAAAAGACAUUGUGGAUCCGCAGGUUUGGGUUGAGAUACAUGGUGUUCCAAUAGAUAACAAGAAGAAGAAAACCCACCACAUUCAAAAUAAUGCCACUUAUCCUCACGAGGGUCGCGGGAUAGAAAGGUGGGAUAGGCUCCAGCACCCCCUUGACCUUAGUUUUAAUCCACUGUGGGACUGCACCUUUAAUUUUACCAUCCAUUCUCCUGGCCUGGCUCUCAUUCGCUUUGUGGUAGAAGAUCAUGACUAUACUUCAAGUAAUGACUUCCUUGGACAGUACACCUUACCUUUUACAAGUCUCCGCACAGGUUAUCGCCAUGUCCAUCUGCUCAAGCAGGAUGGCUCCAGACUUUCACCCUCCUCGCUCUUCAUCCAAGUCGAGAUUGUUGACUGUCAGAAUAGCCCUUCCAAGUCAUCUGAAGUGCAUCUCAAGCCAGCAAGAUCUAAUGCUAUUCUGUAAUGUUUCUCUCUCUCUCUCUCUCUCUCUCUCUCUCUCUCUCUCUC